GCAAACUAUGCAUUGAGGUGACACCGGAUAGCAAGAUUGCCUUCAUUUCUGAAGAGCUUUGUAUCGGAUGCGGUAUCUGCAUAAAAAAGUGCCCAUUUUCAGCCAUAACGAUUAUCAAUCUUCCUACAAAUCUAGAAAAAGAAGUCACCCAUAGAUAUUCUGCAAACUCCUUUAAACUUCACCGUUUGCCUGUUCCUAGGCCAGGUCAGGUCCUUGGAUUGGUUGGUACAAAUGGUAUCGGAAAGAGCACUGCACUCAAGAUUUUAGCGGGAAAGCUGAAGCCAAAUCUGGGGCGAUUCGAAGGACCGCCACCGGAUUGGCAAGAUAUCCUGAAAUAUUUUCGCGGUUCUGAACUUCAAAACUAUUUUACAAAGAUCUUAGAAGAUAAUUUAAAGGCCGUUAUCAAACCCCAAUAUGUAGAUCAUAUACCUAAAAGUUACAAAGGCACCGUUACAGAACUUAUCGAUAAAAAAUUAGAACGAAAUAAUAAAGAAGAAAUGAUUAAAGCUUUGGAUCUGCAAGACGUGUUAACUCGCCAAGUUGGUGAUUUGUCUGGUGGAGAAUUGCAACGAUUCGCCAUUGCUGCCGUGUGCAUUCAGAAUUCAGACAUAUAUAUGUUUGACGAACCGUCAUCAUAUUUGGAUGUCAAGCAACGUUUGAAUGCAGCCAGGACAAUAAGAUCCUUAUUAAAACCAGAAUGCUAUGUCAUAGUCGUCGAACAUGACUUGUCGGUUUUAGAUUAUCUUUCUGAUUUUAUCUGCGUGCUUUAUGGAACACCAUCAGUGUAUGGCGUUGUGACAAUGCCUUUCUCCGUACGUGAAGGCAUUAAUAUUUUUUUGGAUGGUAAGGUACCAACAGAAAACCUGAGGUUCAGGGAUGAAUCCUUGACCUUUAGGUUGGCCGAAACAGCAGAAGACGAGAAAGAAAUCGAAAAGCAUAGAAGAUAUAGGUACCCUGACAUGACCAAGACUUUAGGCAAUUUCAAGUUGACAGUCGCAGCCGGAGAUUUCACUGAUUCAGAAAUCAUUGUGAUGCUUGGGGAAAAUGGGACCGGAAAGACUACAUUCAUCAGGUUAUUAGCUGGUGGAAUAAAGGCUGAUGGAGAUCAACAAAUUCCUGAAUUGAAUGUCAGUUACAAACCACAAAAAAUUUCACCAAAAUUCCCAGGCACCGUUCGCAUGCUCUUUAUCAAAAAGAUCAAAGCCAUGUUCAUGCAUCCACAAUUCCAAACUGAUGUCGUUAAACCAAUGCAAAUUGAUAGCAUCAUCGAUCAAGAAGUCUCGAACUUGUCCGGUGGUGAACUUCAACGCGUGGCCAUUGUACUUGCGUUAGGUCAACCGGCUGAUAUCUAUUUAAUUGACGAACCUUCAGCCUAUUUGGAUUCCGAGCAACGUAUCGUUGCUGCGAAAGUUAUCAAGAGGUUCAUUCUUCACAACAAGAAGACUGCUUUCAUCGUAGAGCACGACUUCAUUAUGGCCACAUACUUAGCUGAUCGAGUUGUGGUAUAUGAGGGAACUCCAUCUGUGGAAGCCUUUGCCAACUCACCACAAUCUUUAUUAUCGGGUAUGAAUAAGUUCCUUGCUUCACUUGAAAUCACAUUCAGACGUGAUCCGACAAACUUUAGGCCUAGAAUAAAUAAAUCUGAUUCUCUCAAGGACAAAGAACAAAAAUCAA